UUGGAUUCGUCACUUUUAACUAGUUUAGUAAAGUUUAACAUAUUGAAAAAUAAGUGCGAGGAUCGACCACUUCACUUCUCACUUCUGAGUUAGCCAUAGAUGCCCGAGCUGAUCUGCACAGAUCCACCUGCACUGCCGCAAGCAAUACUGAAAACCCCACCACCAAAAACACGUCCCUUCUUCUUUACCUUUGCUAAAAAGAGAAUUGUAGGAAUAGUAAUAGUAAUAGUUGGUGGUGGUGUAGCUGCAUCAUUAUUUGGUUGGUGUAGACCUUCUGCGUCUGUAAGGCGAUGUUUAUCGUAUAAACUUGGUUUUCUUGGGAUACCUAAUUCUUCUUGGCCCAGCAUCUCCUUUUCUUUGUUUAUUUUGAAUUAAAAAGAGAAAGAAACAAAGGAACACCAAGAAACAACAAAACAGAGCAGCAAAAUUUUUUGUUAUCUGCGGGUUGGUGGGUUGUGUGUCUCUAUUUGCGUUGAAUAUAGUUGUUUAUGAAUGGGAAAAUUUCAGAUCUGUUAGCAGAGAGAGAGAGAGAGAGAGAGAGAGAUGGGAUUAUAGAAAUGGUGGUGGUGAUGGUGGUGCAUAAUCUUAUUGGCAAAACCAAGUAACAGAAACAUAGAUAGAAGGAAACAGCAGAGUCCCCUCUGGCCUUUUUCUUUUAGCUGUAAGCUUUUUCCCUUGUUUUCUUGAGAAGUGUAAAGCUAAAGGCUCUGCAUUUUGGGAGGAUUUUGCCUUUUUUCUUUUUGGCUGUGCACGUUUUCAACUGAGAACCAGAGAGAGAGAGAGAGAGAGAGAGAGAGAGAGAGAGAGAGAGAGAGAGAGAGAGGAGAGAGAGAAAAAAAAAGAAAGAGAGAGAGAGAGAGAGAGAGAGAGAGAGAGAGAGAGAGAGAGAGAGAGAGAGGAUAGAGAUCAAAGAAAAGCAACGUAUAAUUAGUGGAAAAAAUGAUGGCUUUUGGGAGUAGUUGCAGCAGUGUCCGAACAAGCAACACUUGCAAUGCUUUGCUCAAAGAACUUCAGCAAAUGUGGACAGAAAUUGGGGAGACUGAAGCUGAUAAAGACCGUAUGUUAGUGGAGCUUGAACAAGAGUGCUUGGAAAUCUACAGAAGAAAGGUUGAUGAGGCCGCGAAUGCUAAGGCUCGUCUUCAUCAGUCUAUUGCAGCCAAGGAAGCGGAGGUUGCAAUGCUUUUGGCAACUCUUGGAGAUAUCAAUCUUAAUUCUCCGGUUCAGUCUGACAAGAAAGCAAAAUCGUUGAAAGGACUACUGGCUUCAGUCACACCAUUAUUAGAAGACUUGCAACUCAAAAAAGAGGAAAGAAUAAAGCAAUUUGCAGAUAUUAAGUCUCAAAUUGAGAAGAUAACCUGUGAGAUUUCUGGAUAUGGCCAUAUUGUCAGUUCUGUAAGCACCUUGAAUCUGGAAGAACAAGACUUAUCAUUAAGAAAGCUCACGGAAUACCAAUCAAACCUCCGUGCUCUCCAGAAGGAGAAGUCUGAACGCCUCCAAAAAGUUUUGGAUUAUGUGAAUGAAGUGCAUACUUUGACCAGUGUCCUAAGCUUGGAUUUUGGCAAAACAGUGAGUGAUGUCCAUCCAAGCUUGCAUGGCUCAAGCAUGGAACUUGUCACAAAUAUCAGUAACAGCAUAUUAGAGAGGCUUGAUCAGGCUAUCCUGAGGUUGAAAACAGAAAGAAAAAUUCGUCUACAAAAGCUUAAAGAUGUAGCUGGAUCCCUAUUUGAACUAUGGAACUUGAUGGAUACACCAAAGGAAGAUAAGGUCUGCUUCUUGAGAAUUACUUCCGUUCUUGGUUCCUCGGAAUCAGAAAUUGUGCAACCAGGCGCUCUUUCAUUGGAGGUGAUUGAACAGGUAUCAGCAGAGGUCGAGAGGCUCACAAAAUUGAAAGCAAGCAGGUUGAAGGAACUUGUUAUGAAGAAGAGGUCAGAGUUAGAGAAUAUAUGCUGUAGAACUCAUAUUCAACCUGAUCCAAGCACUGCUGCUGAUAAAACCAAUGCUUUGAUAGACUCUGGUCUGGUGGAUCCAUGUGAAAUUUUAGCUAAUGUUGAAGCGCAAAUAUGUAAAGCCAAAGAUGAAGCUUUGAGCCGUAAAGACAUAAUGGAUAAGAUAGACAGGUGGCUUUCUGCCUGUGAUGAGGAAAAGUGGCUUGACGAUUAUAAUCAAGAUGAUAACCGUUACAGUGCUGGAAGGGGCGCACACAUAAAUCUAAAGCGUGCAGAGCGAGCCAGAAUUAUGGUCAAUAAGAUUCCAGUUAUGGUUGACAAUCUAAUUAGCAAGACGCUAGCAUGGGAGGAUGAGAAACAGAAACUAUUUCUUUAUGAUGGGGUGCGGUUGAUAUCAAUACUGGAGGAUUACAAACAUGCUAGACAACAUAAGGAAGAGGAGAAGAAGCGAGCUAGGGACCAGAAGAAACUACAAGAUAUGCUCCUUGCAGAGAAAGAAUCCAUAUAUGGGUCUAAGCCAAGUCCCAGGAGAAGCAACAGCUUUAGGAAGGCAAAUGGAUACCAAGCAUAUGGAAAUGGAUCAGUCACUCCCUCUCCCCGUAGGAACUCAGUCGGUACUGCAACUCCAGAGCUCCUCACUCCACGUUCUUAUUCUGGUCGCCAAAAUGCAUAUUUCAAGGAAAUGAGAAGGCUUUCCACUGCCCCUUUAAAUUUUGUUGCAAUACCAAAAGAAGAUACCAUGUCAUUUUCCUCAGUUUGUGGUUCGGAGCCUGAGUCUCCUCCUCAAGCCUGACAACUAAAACAGGCCAUGAAUUAUCCCAUGAAGCAAGGGUGCUGUGUUGAAAUGAAUCGGUAGGACUUGUGAAUAUAGGUGGAGGUGUAGACUUUCGUGUAAUAAGGGCGUUUUAGCAGGACUACAGCGACUGACAUUUAAACGAUCUGCUUCUUGAUGAUUAGUUGAAGUAUGAGGACUGAGGUGAUCGAAAGCUGAAAUGCUAGUGUAGUCCAUCAAUAGGAUAGCCAGCUGCAAAUAUUGUGUUGAAGUAGGAGUUGGUGACCAUUUCUGCAUCUUAAAUUUUCAUGUUUGCAUGUAUAUAUGUUUGGUGUUGUGGAUGUGUUUGAUUUAGCGACUUGAUUUGUUUGUUGCAUUUUAGAGACAGGUUCUCGAAAUAAUUUGUUCAAGAUGUCGUUUGCAUUGCAUGCAUUGAUUUUAACAGUAA